AUGACUGUGCGACGCGUGAAAGCGGUGGGUGUUCUGGGAAUGAAUCUCAGGUCUUACAUACGAGACAUUGCGGACUUUCCGACGCCGGGCAUUCUGUUCCGCGAUAUUACGCCGCUGCUUUCGGACGCUUCCGCGCUGAAAUAUGCGGUUGACCGCAUGUUAGAGUUGUGUGAGCCACUGAGCUCCGAUGUGAUUGUGAGUGUGGAGGCCAGGGGUUUCCUGCUGGCGGCGCCGCUGGCGUAUCGCAUGGGCAAGCCGCUGGUUCCUGUGCGUAAGCAGGGCAAGUUGCCGUAUAAGACGCACAGAGUCAGUUAUCAGCUCGAAUAUGGCACGGACACGCUGGAGAUACACCGCGACGGCAUAGGCGAGGGUCAGCGCGCGCUGAUUGUGGAUGACUUGCUUGCGACGGGAGGCACUGUCGGCGCGACAGCGGAGUUGAUACGCGAGUGUGGUGCGCAAGUCGCCGGUUACGCCUUCCUUAUCGAGCUAGCCGAGCUGAACGGCAGGCAGAGUUUGUGCGGAGAAGAGGUGGUGUCGUUGAUUACGUACGACUGA